GCAUUCAGUGUGCCGGCGCUCACCCAGAUAGCAACACAACACAGAGAGCCAGCUGACGAUCUGACAGACAUGAACGACAUCAAGCUCGCCCUGCUGGGAAGCCAGGGGGCUGGGAAGUCAGCUGUCCUUGUGCGGUUCCUGACCAGACGCUUCAUCGGUGAAUACGCCUCCAACGCCAAUUCCUUGUACCAUAAAAGGCUUUCGAUCGAUGGCAGGCAGCUGAAUCUGGAGGUUUUUGACCCCUGCUCUCAGAGCUCAGAGGCCAGGUGCAUACUGGAGGAGCCGGUGGACUGGGCGGAUGGCUUCGUGGUGGUGUACAACAUCAGCGACCGCACUUCCUUCAUCAACGCCAAGAACAUCCUGCGGCAGAUCCGGGAGGCGCGCGUGGAAAACUGCAAAGGGGAGGUGGAGGUUCCUGUGUGUCUGGUGGGGAACAAGCAGGAUCUGUGUCACGCCCGGCAGGUGCGUGAGGACGAGGGCCGCUGCCUGGCUCAGGAGAACCGCUGCCACUUCCAGGAGGUCUCAGCGGCCGAGAGCUACCAGGACAUCGCCAACCUGUUCACCCAACUCAUCCGCCAGGUGAUGGAGCACCUCAAGUACAGAGCUGACCGACGGCGCUACAGCGGCUCCAAGUCCAUGGCCAAGCUCAUCAACAAUGUGUUUGGCAAGAGGAGGAAGUCCGUGUGAGUCAGCUGGAGGGACUGGGACGUUGAGUGUGGACCCGUGUUAAAGGGAACUGGCUCUGGAAACUGUUGUACGGAAGCCGAGUGAGAAAAAAAGAUUUCUGAAUCUGAUCUAAAACGUUUUCUCUCCUGUGGUUCUGACUUGUGAACAGGGGAAGAAAGGAUUUGCCAGGAUACAUUUUAAAAUAUUAAAACAAAAUAUUAAACGUGUUGUUGUUGUAAUUCUCAUUUCGGCCACAAGAGGCUGAAGUGCACAUCUAUUCAAUGUUAUAAAUAGGACUAUAGGCACGUUUUCUUCCAGGUGAGUUUUAAUGUCCAUGCACUUUAAACACAAUGAAUAUAUAUUGAUAUGAUUACAAUUCAUUUAUAGUCAAAAGAUAAGAUUUAGUUUGUCAGGAUCAUUUAAGUGUUUGUUGUUGUAAUACUCAUUUUGUCCACAAGGGGCUGAAGUGCAGCCUUGGAUUUCCCCUUUCGUCUGUUUUUUAAUUUUUAGACAGUCAUUUUAUUAUUCUUUCUCUUGAUAUAUAUAUAAAUUGAUUACAUAACUUGCUAACAACACAAUAUACUGUAUGCACCUUGUGUCGGGAGAGUAGUAACCUCUAGUAACAGCAACACAUUAUCUUAGAAACAACUCAUUUAUUUCUAAUUAUCCUGGCAAAAAUGGUUUGUUUUUUAACUUAUUCAGGUUAAUUAGAGCUUUUCUCUGGUAGAGGUUGAGAAGAGAGAUGCUGGUAAUCAUGUGAGGUCAUUAAUGUACCAAUUAGAAAAUAAGAAAAGGGUAAAUUGUCCCACCCAGGUGAGAGAAAUGUCAAUCAAGCUGUACAUAUGUAGCAAUACUAUGCUUUAAUACGGCCUAACACUAUCAACAUGAUGAAUGACAUCUGUAAAACUCAUUUUAAUCAAUAAGAUCGUGAAUGAUCAGAUGUUCACUACUUGAUACAGACACAGUUUGUUUCACAUGACAACUGGUGUCGGACGGGAAGCUGUGAUUGGCUGUGAUUGGCUGUGAUUGGCUGUGAUUGGCUGUGAUUGGCUGUAAUCAGCGUCUCCUGUUUAUCUUCAACUCAAAUCACAACAUGGAGGAAUGAAAGUCUGAUGAGCUGUUGAUGAGCUCGUGACGGGGAAAUGUUUUCUCUUUUAUUCAGAUGACGUUUUCUCUGAAUGAAAGAGAAAGAAAAUGCAUUAUUUUUCUAAUCAUUUAAGCAAAUAUACCGUUAAUGUUAAACGUUCUGUAUUUUUAAUGAGGGGAACAUGUGUGUUAUGUUCAUUUUACAUUUUGUAAUUCUUUGGAAGCCAUAUUGUUUGUUCAUAGUUGAUUACUAUAUUAUAUAUAACUUAUAUGGUAUAUCAUUUAAUAUACAUAUAGUGUGUAUGUUAAUUAGUACA